AGUGCAGCGCCUUCAAUUCAUAAAUUCCAAACUUUUGCUGACUUCUUUCGUGUGUGUGCGUUUUCCCCCAAAAAGAAGCAAAACCCUCUCCUCCGCCGUGUGCGGCGGCGACUUCUCAUCGGAAAAACAUGAAGAUUAACGUGAAGACUCUGAAAGGGACUCACUUUGAGAUCCAAGUGAACCCUAAGGAUACGGUUCUUGAUGUCAAGAAAAAUAUAGAGGUAGUGCAAGGUGUUGAUGUUUAUCCUGCUGUACAACAAAUGCUUAUUCACCAAGGAAAAGUGCUCAAGGAUGAAAGUACCUUGGAAGAAAAUCAAGUUGCUGAGAAUAGUUUUGUUGUGAUUAUGCUUUCCAAGAGUAAGGUAGCAGCUGCUUCAUCUGCGCCCUCAAACCCAGCACCCCAAGCUGCAAGUUCUUUGCCUCCCCCUUCAUCAACACCUCAGCCUCCUGCUUCAACUGCCACACAGGGAGAUUCCAAUCCUGUGCAAGCGCCUGCUAUAACUCCUCCCACUACUGUGGUGUCUAACACAUAUGGCCAAGCAGAAUCUAAUCUCCUCGCUGGAAGUAAUUUAGAAUCAUCUAUUCAGCAGAUUCUAGAAAUGGGGGGAGGAAGUUGGGAUCGGGAUACUGUGAUCCGCGCUCUUCGUGCUGCAUAUAACAAUCCGGAAAGAGCUGUUGAAUAUCUCUAUUCUGGCAUCCCCGAACAAGCUGAUGCUCCAGCAGUUGCUGCAUCCACCAAUGUUGAGGCAGAAAACCCUUUAGUCCAAGCACCACAACCAGCUGUGCCUUCUGGUGGGCCCAACACCAACCCACUGAACUUGUUUCCCCAGGGCAUUCCCAAUUUGGGUGCAAAUGAAAAUGCAGGCAACCUGGAAUUCCUGCGAAACAAUGAACAGUUCCAAGCCUUGAGAACAAUGGUGCAAGCAAACCCUCAAAUCUUGCAGCCCAUGCUUCAAGAACUGGGAAAACAAAAUCCACAUCUAAUGGAGCUCAUCCAAGAGCAUCAAGCUGACUUUUUACGCCUUAUAAAUGAGCCUGGAGGAGAAGAGAACCUAGAGGGUCAGUUGGGUGCCGUGGCACCUCAGACCAUCACUAUCACCCCAGAAGAGCACGAGGCCAUUCAACGGCUUGAAGAAAUGGGAUUCGAUCGAGACCUCGUGUUGGAGGUGUUCUUUGCUUGCAAUAAAAAUGAGGAUCUGGCAGCCAACUAUUUAUUGGAUCACCAAAACGAGUUUGAUGAUUAGUCUAAAUUCCAGUUCAUCUCUUGACCUGUGGUAUUUCUUGUAUCUAGCAUUUUUCUAUGCUAGUUCUUGUGCCGAUUAUUUGUGUUCUGAACUCUUUGGAGAAUUGAUAUUUUAUUACCUUUUACUGUCUUUGGGAACUACAAUAUCUGUAAAUUGUUUAAACACCAUUGACUAGAAGUUAGAAUCGUGUUGGAGAUAGACAAUAGAUUUAUUCUUCUCCAAUUGUGUA